CAAGACUCUUUCGUAGUCAGCUAAAUAAAUUGAGUACACCUUACAAACACCGCAUAGAGAACCGAUUAUUGCAGUGAUACAAGGGUUGGAGAAACCUGAGAGGACGCAGCGGCUCAGUGAAGCUAAACAAGAUGGCUAGCUAAACAGUCUGCCAACACUUGGACGCUAGCUAAGCCCUCUGCUGAAGUAUAGUUCACAUGGAAAUGGCAGAUUACUUGUAUGCAAAGACCUGAUUUGCUUCAGAAAUCCGUGUGUACAAGAUAUCUAAAAAUUAAAUGGGGAAUUUGUUUAAUUUGACACUUGAUGUCUCACAAACAACAACAUUGUGGAGGAACCUGCUUUGACAAACACGAUUUAAACAUUUGACAUUUGGAUAAUUCCUAAAGUCUCAAGAGAGGAGGACAAUCUUAAAUUUUGAGUGGUUCCAGCAGACUGGCAUAACGUCAUUUAUAGAUUUCAAAAUAUUUCUUUGCUAUUGCAACAGAAACGCUAAGUAGACAUGAGUACUGCCAGGACAGAGAACCCAGUGAUUUUGGGCUUGUCCAACCAGAAUGGACAGCUCAGAGGCUCAGUUAAGCCUGCUGGAGCACCAGGUGGAGGAGGUGGAGGAGGAGGAGGAGGUGGAGGAGGCCAUCAACAACAGCAACUUAAUCAGAUGAAAGGCACAAUCAACAAUGGUAAUUCCCAGCUGGCCCCGACAACUAAUGCUGUCAUCAAGCCUGGAGAUGACUGGAAGAAAAGUUUGAAGUUGCCUCCAAAAGACACGAGGAUGAGAACUUCGGAUGUGACUGCAACCAAAGGCAAUGAGUUUGAAGAUUAUUGCCUAAAGAGGGAGCUGCUCAUGGGAAUCUUUGAGAUGGGCUGGGAAAAGCCAUCUCCAAUCCAGGAGGAAAGCAUUCCCAUUGCACUGUCAGGAAGGGAUAUCUUGGCCAGAGCCAAAAAUGGCACGGGAAAGAGUGGAGCCUACCUCAUUCCCUUACUUGAACGCAUUGACCUGAAGAGGGACUGCAUACAAGCUAUGGUCAUAGUGCCCACCCGAGAACUGGCUCUGCAAGUAAGCCAAAUAUCUAUCCAGGUCAGCAAACACAUGGGUGGGGUAAAGGUAAUGGCAACCACAGGUGGAACCAACCUACGUGAUGACAUCAUGAGACUCGAUGAAACGGUACAUGUGAUCAUUGCCACUCCUGGGAGAAUUUUAGACCUCAUCAAGAAAGGAGUGGCCAAAGUCAAUCAAGUGCAGAUGGUUGUUCUGGAUGAAGCGGACAAACUCCUGUCUCAGGACUUUGUGGUUAUGAUGGAGGAAAUGCUGGGCUUUCUGCCCAAACAGAGGCAAAUCCUGCUUUAUUCUGCAACCUUCCCUCUCAGCGUUCAGAAGUUUAUGAAUGCACACUUGCAGAAACCCUAUGAGAUCAACCUGAUGGAGGAGCUCACACUGAAGGGUGUGACUCAGUAUUACGCUUAUGUAACUGAAAGGCAAAAAGUCCAUUGCCUUAACACCUUGUUCUCCAGGCUCCAGAUCAACCAGUCAAUAAUCUUCUGCAACUCCUCUCAGAGAGUGGAACUCCUUGCCAAGAAGAUCUCCCAGCUUGGUUAUUCAUGUUUCUACAUUCAUGCCAAGAUGAGACAGGAGCAUCGCAACCGUGUGUUCCACGACUUCAGAAACGGCCUCUGCCGGAAUCUUGUCUGCACUGACCUCUUCACAAGAGGAAUUGACAUUCAAGCUGUGAAUGUUGUGAUCAACUUCGACUUUCCCAAGCUGGGAGAAACGUACCUUCAUCGCAUUGGUAGAUCUGGCCGCUUUGGACACCUGGGUCUAGCCAUCAACCUCAUCACUUACGAUGAUCGCUUCAACCUGAAAGGGAUUGAGGAGCAGCUUGGAACAGAGAUCAUGCCCAUCCCUGGAAUCAUUGACAAGAGCCUAUAUGUGGCCGAGUACCACAGUGAGGGUGGUGAAGAAGUCAAGCCAUGAGCCAAUCAGUCCAACCUCCAUUCCCCUUUUUUUCUUUUUUCAUCCCCCUUGUCUUGGAGUUCUCAUUUUUCUUUUUUUUUUUUUUCUGUUUUUUUUUCUGUACAGUUUCUGUCUGUCUUCCUUUUUUGGAUGCCACAAUAAGGAUUGUGUAUUUUGAUGGGACGCGUUUCGGAAGAACUCAUUUGCCCUUUUAUAGGGCUCUGUGCUGCACCAACACACCCUGAAGACAUGAGCACCGGGAGGAAAGCAUGGGACCAAGUCAAAAAUGUAUCAAUGCACAUUGUGAAGAGUCAUAUCCACCAAUGACGGAAAGCCAGCACCAACAGACCGCCAUAUGACACCCUCCAUUCUCCAUGUUUUAUUUUGGGAAGUUUAACCAAUUUGUAUCAAGUGCCUUAACAAGCAGAUCAACUCGUUCUAAAGUAAUAACCAUUCAUUAUCCGUCAUCUUGCUCACUUCAUACCACACACUCACAUUAUUGAAAAUUUGUUCCACUAAUUUAAUGUCCGACCACAUAGGUGAAUCCAUAACUGUUUUUGGUUGAGUCAUCCGUUUGCAAGGAAUGGAGAUAAUUAUGAGGGAGGCUGGUCUGAAUGAUCUUUUUUGCUGGCUUUGCUGCACUUGAGUCUGGCUGAUAAACGAGGACAAACUUGGAUGUUCCAUGGACAGAGAUGCUGGAUUUUGUUCCAAGAGACAGACAGACGGACUGUCCAGUUGCUUGUGUAGGAGCUUGUGCUUCUAAAAGACCCAGAUCCUUUCCUCUGUCUUCAGUAUCAGAACACUAAAAAUGAAUAAGCAGCCUCUCAACACCAUGAGUCAUGAGGAUUCCUGUUUCGUGGAGUUAAAUUGUAGGGAGCGCAUUUUCUUUCUUUCUUUCUUUUUUGUCCUGUGUUUCACCUUCCUAUGGAUGGCCAUACUUUAUUCUGCGAGAUGUGCAGCCAACAUGUGGGGUGCACCUUACACCUUGUGUAUAUACCUUAAUUUUAAGAUUGUUUUAAACAAGUUCAAAAGGCUGGCCAACAAACUGAAAGACACCCCCCCCUUCUUCUUUUUUGUUAGCACUGGAGACUUUUUUCCUUAACUUGGUUUGUUUGAUCUGCAAUAUUGGCCUGUGAAUUUAUUUAUAAUUUUAGAAAUUGCAGAGUUUAUUAGAAUCUAAAACAUUUAAAAGAGCUUGUGCAUGAAAUUUCUUUUGGAGGCAGAGUUCACCAAUAAUCUUUAGCCCCUUCAAUUGCUGGAGUGUGCAAUUCUCUAAAGCUGCACUUAAACUGAGAUUGUUUAAAUUGUUGCCCCCAUUCUCCUGCUACCAGUGUUAACAAGUGUUCAGUCUAGACAGAUGGCUUUGUCAAGCUUGUGCAUUUGAGUAAUGAAUUCUUUGUUGUCACCAGCCUUAACUUGUGAAACUGACUCUUGAGAUGCACUCUUAAGAUCUCCACUUAUACUGAGUGUUGUUAUUGGAAGAAAAAAUAAUAUUCUAUCAUGUAGUAGUACUACUCGCUCUCGCAGUGCAGCCGAAUUGGCAGAGAAUUUGUUUUCCGAGGGAAGUAUUAGCUGUUACGUUCUAUGUGCUCUUUAAGCACAGCUACAUCACUUCACAAAUGUUGAGGAGGAAGCUGUGGAUUUAUGUUCCCCCUUUAGAAGAAUGUUUGCCAAAUGCAUCAAAAUGAAACAUCGGACUUAAAAUGUAGCAGGAAUUCACUCUCUGUGCAUUGCACGUUAUCUGGCUUCAUUAAACCCAGCUAACAAAAGAUGCCUCGUUUAAAAACAACCUGAGCAGGUUGGGCUGCACUUAACGCACAGAGAGACGGGUUCAGGCAAUAACACUGACUGCACUGCUUUUUGUACGCCCAUAAUGCCCAAAUGGGAGAAAAGUGUGAUGCAGAACAUAAAAAAAAAAUAUGGCACAGAGGGGGAAUGGGCAUGAAGGAUUACAUAUUACUAUUAGUCGGACUGCUUGUUUAGAAAAAAACUUGGGCACCUCACUGCUGAGUUCAUGCCGUAUUUCUCUGCCCUCUUAUUGUGUUGAUAUUUUGGGUUUGGAAUACAGUUGCUUUUUGAAUUUUAUGAAAUAUGACAACCUAGUUCUGCAAUAAGGUCCUCUGACCACUUGUUUGAUCAGCUGAAACCUUUUUGCAAAUGAGGUUCCCUUUGUUAUGGUGAGAUGCUCUCUAACCUGUUCUAACCAAUGAGAAGUAGUAUUGCACAUUUAAUUUAAUAUCUUAAAAAAAAAAAAAUCCAAACAGUGUGACUAUGUUGAUCAGUUUAAAAAUGACCCUUGUAUUUCUCAUUGGUUAGGACUGAUCCCUGUUCUCUCAGCUCUAUUGUUGUCCCCUAAAUACUUGUAUGUCUAAUUUGGCUGUUUUGACUUCUGGUUUGGGUUUGGGUGGGGGUGGAGGGGGGGGUUGUAUUUUUCAAACAUUCAAAUUAAAUGAAGCAUUAGUUGAGUGAACAGGGAUCUAAUUGUGCAGGCACUUGGCAGCUGCCUGUUUCUUGUCAGCCACUGGCAGUAAUUGUCACGGCAAAUGCCUUUAGAGCUAAAUUGACAAUCCCUCAAGAUUUAGUGUAUUGCUACCUUUUGAUGGAAUGCUGCUCUACUGCCAGUGGCUUUUUGAGAACCUUAAAGACUGAGACAAGAGCAUCUUGCCCCAGAUUGGGUGACUUAAUUGGAUAGUUUAUGUAACGAAAUUGUCUCAGUCUUUAAGGCUUUUUUUUUUUUUAUGAAUUUGUGGGGGGGGCUAAAUUAGUGCUCUUGCUGCCCUGAUGCACAUGUUCAUCCUCUGUUGAUAGUUCUGAAACAUUUACAAAAACGCAGCUUUUGUGUACAAUCUGGCCACUUAUCUGUUGCGGAGGAUGUGAGGAGUCCGUUAGGGAUUUCUUUCAAAACUGAUGCAUCAGUAAAAUAAAUGGGGAGGAGCCUUUGGGCAUAAAAACAACAGGAUGAUAAGAUCUAAAGUUCCAAAGUUAUGUUAAUGGGUAUAAAAAGGUUUGAAAAAGUUGCCCUUGGAUUUUUUUUAUUUUCAAAUGAAACGUUCAAGUGGAGUUAACCUUAUUUAAAAAAUCUCCAAAUUUAAGGAAGAAUUCAAAGCCUGAGUUAAUUUUUUUUUUUUUUUAAUUUAAUGGAAAUUUGGUCGUUAUUUAAUUGGCAAUUUUUUACAGUGACGCUAAUUUUACAAUGGAAUUAAGUUUAAAAGAUGUCAUGAAUAUUAUUGGAUUCGAUUGAAAGUUUUGUUGAGAAUAAAGCUCACUGA